CAGAGACUCCCGGCCAAGUCGCAGGCGCCCCGGCAGCAGCACGCAGCCGCGUACGGAGCAGGAACUGCUGCAUCAUGGAGGGCAGCUCGCCCAGCGCACCGCUUGCUUCAUGGAGGGAAGGUUUUGUACUGAAGCGGAUCCGCAUGUUGGUCCCUGUUGGCUUCAAGACUGAAAUAAGAGAGUCGUCUAAACUGGCAGGGCCAGUGGUUAUUGCCCAGCUCAUGGUGUUUGCAGUGAGUUUUGUCAGCACUAUUUUCUGUGGCCAUCUGGGGAGGACUGAGCUGGCAGGGGUGUCUUUGGCGAUAGCAGUUAUUAAUGUCACAGGUGUAUCUAUUGGAUCUGGUUUGGCUUCAGCAUGUGAUACUCUGAUUUCUCAGACAUUUGGGAGCAAUAACCUCCUGAGAGUUGGGGUCAUUCUUCAGCGGGCAAUUCUCAUUUUGUUACUGGCGUGUUUCCCCUGUUGGGCGAUCCUCGUUAACACAGAGCCCAUUCUGUUGGCUGUCAGACAGGAGCCCGAGGUGGCCAGGUUGUCUCAGAUGUACGUGAAUAUCUUUAUGCCAGCUCUUCCAGCUACAUUCAUGUAUUCAUUACUAGCAAGAUAUCUGCAAAACCAGGGCAUCAUAUGGCCGCAGGUAUUCACAGGCCUUGUGGUCAAUCUUCUUAACGCCCUCAUCAACUACAUCUUCCUUUACGUAUUAGACCUGGGAGUAGCAGGCUCUGCUGUUGCCAACACCAUUUCCCAGUUCUCAUUGGCUUCAUUUCUCUAUGCUUACAUCAUGUGGAAAGGUCUUCACAAGGCCACCUGGGGAGGCUGGUCUAAAGAGUGCCUCCAGGACUGGGGCUCAUACAUCAACUUGGCCAUCCCCAGCAUGAUCAUGAUGUGUGUUGAGUGGUGGACGUAUGAGAUUGGAGGCUUUCUGGCAGGUCUAAUAAGUGAGGUGGAGCUUGGAGCUCAAGCGGUUGUAUAUGAACUUGCUACUGUUGCAUACAUGUUCCCUCUGGGUUUCAGUAUAGCAGGCAACGUAAGAGUUGGAAGUGCUUUGGGAGCCGGAGACACGGAGCAGGCUAAGCUGUCCGCUAAGCUGACUAUGUUCUGUGCAGUGUCGGUCUCCAUAUGUUUGUCCAUUGUCAUUGGGGGCCUGCACAACCAUAUCUCCUAUAUCUUUACAUAUGAUGAACAAAUACGGCAAAGGGUUUCUGAUGUGAUAGCUUUAUAUGCAGCAUUCGUCAUCCUGGAUGCAAUAGCAGCGGCCUCGGGAGGCAUUAUAAGAGGAACUGGUAAACAGAAGAUUGGUGCGAUCUGCAACAUUUUGGGAUAUUAUGGUGUCGGUUUUCCCAUUGGAGUGUCACUGAUGUUUGCAGCCAAAAUGGGAAUCAAGGGUCUUUGGUCGGGCUUGUUUAUCUGCGUGUUUCUGCAGUCUUCAUUCAUGAUUUUCUACCUCUUAAGAAUGAACUGGGUGAAGGCUACAGUCGAGGCUCAGAUCAGAGCGGGAGUGCCUGAGAGGUUCACAGACACAAGUCCCCAACUAGAUGAUCCAGGGAACUCCCCAGGACAAACGGACACUACGAACCUGGUUCUCCCAAAGGCGGAACCAGUAGUGGAGGACGAGCUCUCUUUCAGGGCUCUGGUUCUGCAUAGAGGCCUCAUUCUGGCUCUCAUGUUUUUAAUCCUGGCUGCUGGGAUCAUUUUUAACCUGCUGAUCACUAACUUGAUAACAUGAGCAAAGUCUAUUGUAUUAAGUGAAGUAACUCCUUAGCCGCAAGUGCACAAUAAGAUGCAGCUGUUUGCAUUGCAGGGUGUCAAAGCACGUCAUGUAGAAGGAAUGCACACAUGCAGACAGUAGACAGAGCACAGGGAGUUAAAUUGUGUAUGCUUAAUGAAUUACUGUCAAACCAAUAAUUCCCAAGAUCUUCCAGUGAAUCUGCAGUGUUUGUCUCACAACCACAUUCUGUCAAAGUGAAUGAGUCAUAGCAAAGACAGUUUAACAACUUUUGUAUUUAAUGCAUUACAUUGUGGUUAUUUUUGGUUUCUUGAAGGAACAACAACAUAUCUACUGUAUUAAAUCAUAAAAAGGAGGGUAACUAUUGAGAGAGCUCAGAGGAUUUAAAAACGGAUGCAGAGUUGGGUUUUAUUUCUCCUGAGCGGUAAAUGUUGAGCUUGUAUUAGCUAUGUAUCACGCCUUGUGGUCGGACUACUGAAAAGAGUCCCUUUUAAUGGGGCCUGGAAAGUAGUGAGUGAAUAACCAUUUCUAUUUACAAUCAACACUUGAAAUGAUAAAGGCACUAACAUAGCCAACCACACAUCUAGUGACCUGAAAGAUUUAAAACAAAUCCACAUAAGCUGGUUUAUAAUUUGCAGACAAUAAAUACAUUACAAAUGCAUUAGAUAGGGGAGAUUUCUUUUUAGCAGCAGCAAAUAAGGUUACAAUACACUAAAAUGGCAGAGCAGGACAUAUUAAAAUUAAAGAAUAUCAACGAAAAAAUAAUAUGCUAAGUAUAUACAGUGUAUAUAAGUGAGUAUAAAGUGAAGCGGUGCAAGGGUUAUUGAUGUUGAUUCAAUUUGAGGAGGAUCUGGCCAGAGGUGAUUUAUUAUAGUAAUAUUAUUAUAGUCUAAAAGCAGUUGGCAGGAAUGUUAGUUGAUCAAUUUACUUGUUGUACUUGUAAAUGCACUCGUCUUCUAUGACAGUUCAGUGUCCUGAACUUCGAAUCUGGGUAAUAAGGGCAAAAUAUUGUUACUUUAAGGUCAAUCAUUCAUUUGGAACCAGUGCAGUGGAAAGAAUUUGAUGAGUAUAUGUUGUGUUGGUCCAGUCCAAAGUAAAGUUGGCCUCUGAAGACCUCACAGCCAGAAGUCCAACUGCUGCAAACGCAAUGAGGCCUCGCCUGAGGAUCAGCUGGGUAGUGGAGAGACAGCCAGGCCACCCUUCUGCUGGACCACAUGUCCACCCUGUGUCUCUGUGUUCCCGUCAGUGCCCACAGACAUAUAGCCAUCCACUGACUUGGGAGACAGAAAUUGACCAUUACUUUAUUUAUCAAAAACCUAAUAAUAGAAAAAUAUAAAUGUCAAUUGACAACAAGAUGAAACAAGCUAUGGGACUAUAUUUAGAUAUUGUUGCUAAUGUUUAGUUUAGCAGGUCCCGCAGCGUCUGAGAGGGCCGCUGUGCUCAUCAUGGGAUUGUUUUUCUGUGCUCGGUUUUAAGCCUGCAAACGGAAACUAAACCACCUAAUUUCUCAGAGCCUUACAUGCAACACAUACCUUUCCAAAGUCCAGAUUCUGAGGCCCUGCUGUCAUUCUCUCCCAGUUCAGCUUGAAGAUGUAACUGAUGUAGACGGUGCAUAGUAAAAUGACACCAACGAGCAGUCCCAGCAAAAAAACUGCAAUUAUACAGUUAAGUGCAAAGCAGGCUUUCCAUGAAGAAAUGAAAUGAAAAAUGACAUGUCACUUUAUAUAAUUACCUACAAUUCUCAGUUUUGUAACAAAAGUUAAAGUGACGCUCAGUGGAAGUCAAAUGCAGUAGUAUCCAAUAAUAUUGCCCACAGCUGGUAUCUUCUGUUUGCACGUGCCCACAAAGAUGCCUGAGCACACAGACUAGAAUGUAAAGAGACAUAUCUCUAAUUAUUAUGCAGUCUCACUCCAUUGGUCACCAAUUUACUAAUUAUUGUCUAGUUAUAUUUUAUUAUAUUUGGCUCAUUCAACUCACACAUAUAUACUCAAGAAGAACUGUUACACUCACCAUAAGAGCAUCAAAGAACUGAAGGAAACAGUAGACAAGUGUGAAACCAGACUUAUGAUCUUCCUGAAAGGAUUGUAAAAUGAACAUUUAUGUUUAGGCCAAUCUUAGCAAUUAUAGUUACUAAAAGAAAGUGCAGCUGCAGAGACUCACUCGUCAGCAAUAAGGAUGAAGCCAAUCACUGAUUUAAUGGAGCCGAGCACAAGACCUUCAACAAUGGCAAUUAUCCCGGGAGAACAGUGGAUGUAAAGAAAUGUAUUGAUUUAGGUUACAUCAACAGAACAUGUUCAGAACUGACCUGCGAGAGCGAAUGACAUCUUGCAGGUGAGGAUGGCGCUGGAAGUGUCUCCUGCACCGAGAGCAUUGCCCACACGGGCGCAUGCUGCAGCUUGAAUACCAAGAGGGAACUGUGGAUUCAUCGUUUUGUAGAAAAAGUAUGAAAAAGAGUCAGCUCCGAGACGGUUAACGAGUAAAAUGACUCAAGGUGGACAAUCCUUGAGUUUAAUAUGUUUAGAGAAAGAUUUUAACGGGAGAAUAUAACACUCUUGGUUAGUGCCAUGUAAGUUUGUUUAUGAAAGCCGUACUACAAGAAUUUUAGAGUUGUAAAAUUAACUGCUGGCUGCAUCCAGAGUAUUUUUCCUCGGCAUAACGAACGCACAUCAAACCCACGGGACCUCUGUUUCCCUGCACUU